CGACUGCGGCCCAAGAGUCAAUCUACUUACCCCAUAUUCGUUUUGCAUCUACAACAUUAUUCAGCGGUCGCAUAGAUAUCCAUAGCGUCCACCGUCAAGAUGACGGACUCUACAGCGCCCACGAAGCCCGUCCACACCAUCGUCCUCGAUGCCGGUCCUAUCCUCAAGAAUACCCCGCCGCUUUCCACCCUGCUCGCACAAUGCGAAGAACUUCUCAUCACGCCCUCCGUUGUCAGCGAGAUCCGCGACCCGGCGGCUCGUCAGCGCGUUGAAACUAUGUACCUGCCAUUUUUGAAGCAGCGCACGCCGUCCCCGAAGAGCGUCGCCGUGUUGAGCGAAUUCGCCCGCAAGACCGGUGAUCGCGCCGUGUUGAGUAAAACCGAUCUGGAGGUUCUGGCGCUUGCAUAUGAGGUGGAGUGCGAGAGAAAUGGCGGUGACUGGAGGCUGCGGAGUGUGCCGGGCCAGAAGCAGGUAAAUGGAAAGCCACCGGUGAAGGAGGAGAAGGGGGAAGAAAAGGAGGAGGCCAAGAAUGAGGGCGAGGCUGAAGCCCAGACUGAGGAAAGCAAGGUCGAAGGUGCUGAGGUGGACGCUGUUGUGGAAGACCUGAAGAGUGCAAGCCUGGAGGAGAAAGAGCAAGAAACCAGCGCACAAGAGACCGAAGUGCAGGAGACUCCCACAGAGGCUGAGCCGGAGGAGCCAACUUCCCAGGAUGCCGAAGCGCCUGAGGAAGAGGAGGAUGAUGCCGACGACUCGGACGGUGGCUGGAUCACGCCCUCCAACCUGAAGAAGCGGCAGGCCCGCGACGAGGCUGGCUCGACGGCUGCGGCGCCGGAGCCCAAGGUGAUGCAGGUUGCCACCAUGACUACGGAUUUUGCGUGCCAAAACGUGUUGCUACAAAUGAACCUGAACCUGCUUUCCACCUCCACUCUGCAGAGAAUCCGUCAUCUCAAGUCCUUCAUCAAGCGCUGCCAUGCCUGUUUCCUCACCACCAAGGACAUGAACAAGCAGUUCUGCCCCCGCUGCGGUAAAGACACGCUCACUCGUGUCUCCUGCACGACGCAUGCCAACGGGCAGUUCACGAUGCAUCUGAAGAAGAACAUGCAGUGGAACAACCGCGGCAACCGUUUCAGUGUCCCCAAGCCCGUCCACGGGAGUUCCAAUGGCAAGUGGAAGGGAGGUGGUGGUAAGGGUGGCUGGGGAACCGAAUUGAUCCUCGCGGAAGAUCAGAAGGAGUUUGUCCGAGCCACUGCGGAACAGACCCGGAGACAGCGGAAAGAGCACGACCUCAUGGACGAGGACUACCUCCCGGGCAUUUUGACGGGAGAGCGGAGCAAGAACGGUCGGGUCCGAGUCGGAGCGGGCAGAAAUGUCAACUCGAGGAAGCGGUAAUGGCAUGGCUUCCAUCUCUUUGCAUUCACCUGGGUUGGCGUCUGGCUUAAAAGUUCAAGGCUGUUCUUUUGUCUGUGGCUGUGAUGGAUUAUGAUGAUGGUCGGGAUCAACGAUUUAUAGAGCAUAAGCAUAUGCGAGGCAAUGAAUAUAGAGCAAUUUCCUCAAAG